CGACGUAAACUCAAGUCUAACCUGGAGAAGAAGUUCCAGUGUGUGUUUGAGGGGAUCGCUAAAGCAGGAAACCCAACCCUUCUGAAUCAGAUCUACACACCGCUCUACAUCACAGAGGGAGGGACUGCAGAGGUCAAUGAUGAACAUGAGGUCAGACAGAUUGAAACAGCAUCCAGGAAACCAGACAGACCAGAAACAACAAUCAAACAAGAAGACUUCUUUAAAGCCUCAUCUGGAAGAGGUGAACCAAUCAGAACGGUGAUGACAAAGGGAGUGGCUGGCAUUGGGAAAACAGUCUUAACACAGAAGUUCACUCUGGACUGGGCUGAAGACAAAGCCAACCAGGACAUACACUUCACAUUUCCAUUCACUUUCAGAGAGUUGAAUGUGCAGAAAGAGAAAAAGUACAGCUUGGUGGAACUUGUUCAUCACUUCUUUACUGAAACCAAAGAAGCAGGAAUCUGCAGGUUUGAAGAGUUCCAGGUUGUGUUCAUCUUUGACGGUCUGGAUGAGUGUCGACUUCCUCUGGACUUCCACAACACUGAGAUCCUGACUGAUGUUACAGAGUCCACCUCAGUGGAUGUGCUGCUGACAAACCUCAUCAGGGGGAAACUGCUUCCGUCUGCUCACCUCUGGAUAACCACACGACCUGCAGCAGCCAAUCAGAUCCCUCCUGAGUGUGUCGGCAUGGUGACAGAGGUCAGAGGGUUCACUGACCCACAGAAGGAGGAGUACUUCAGGAAGAGAUUCAAAGAUGAGGAGCAGGCCAGCACCAUCAUCUCCCACAUCAAGACAUCACGAAGCCUCCACAUCAUGUGCCACAUCCCAGUCUUCUGCUGGAUCACUGCUACAGUUCUGGAGGAUGUGCUGAAAAGCAGAGAGGGAGGAGAGCUGCCCAAGUCGCUGACUGAGAUGUACAUCCACUUCCUGGUGCUUCAGUCCAAACUGAAGAAGGUCAAGUAUGAUGGAGGAGCUGAGACAGAUGCACACUGGAGUCCAGAGAGCAGGAAGAUGAUUGAGUCUCUGGGAAAACUGGCUUUUGAGCAGCUGCAGAAAGGCAACCUGAUCUUCUAUGAAUCAGACCUGACAGAGUGUGGCAUCGAUAUCAGAGCAGCCUCAGUGUGCUCAGGAGUGUUCACACAGGUCUUUAAAGAGGAGAGAGGGCUGUACCAGGACACGGUGUUCUGCUUCGUCCAUCUGAGCCUUCAGGAGUUUCUGGCUGCUCUUCAUGUCCAUCUGACAUUCAUCAAGUCUGGAGUCAAUCUGCUGGAAGAACAACAAACAACAUCCUGGACUGAAGUGUUCCGAGGCAAACCAACACGUUUCUACCAGAGUGCUGUGGACGAGGCCUUAAAGAGUCCAAAUGGCCACCUGGACUUGUUCCUCCGCUUCCUCCUGGGUCUUUCACUGCAGACCAAUCAGACUCUCCUACGAGGUCUGCUGACACAGACAGGAAGUAGCUCACAGAUCAAUCAGGAAACAGUCGAGUACAUCAAGAAGAAGCUCAGUGAGAAUGUGUCUGCAGAGAGAAGCAUCAAUCUGUUCCACUGUCUGAAUGAACUGAAGGACCGGUCUCUAGUGGAGGAGAUCCAACAGUCCCUGAGAUCAGGAAGUCUCUCCACAGAUAACCUGUCUCCUGCUCAGUGGUCAGCUCUGGUCUUCAUCUUACUGUCAUCAGAAAAAGAUCUGGAUGUGUUUGACCUGAAGAAAUACUCUGCUUCAGAGGAGGCUCUUCUGAGGCUGCUGCCAGUGCUGAGUAACAACAACCUGCAGGAUUCAGGAGUGAAGCAGCUGUGUGCUGCACUGGAGAGUCCACACUGUGGACUGGAAACUCUCCUACUCGGCUGUAAUCUCUCAGAGAGAAGCUGUGCAGCUCUGUCCUCAGUUCUCAGCUCCCAGUCCUCUAGUCUGAGAGAUCUGGACCUGAGUAACAACAACCUGCAGGAUUCAGGAGUGAAGCAGCUUUCUGCUGGACUGGAGAGUUAA